UUCAAUUGGGAGAAACGUAAAUAAACGAAAAUGUAUGAAACAACAACAACGAGAAAUAAAUGAAAUAAAAUUCUCGCACGCAACAUUCCUUUACGUAAAGCAACAUCAUAUUAUUAUCAAAUACGGCUAAAUUCAUUCGUGUUAAGAGUAAAACAAAACGAAAGAAUAAGAAAAAAAAAAAAAAGCAUGUCAAUGAAAGAAGAAAGCUUCAGUGAUAGCCCAACCACGCAAUGACACAUGCAAGUGAUAACGAUGGGGAUAUGAAAAGCUUCGCUCAGCUACGGAGAAAUGGUCGCGUGCGCUCUUCGCAUGUCUGAGUUUUUUCGUUCGUUUUGUUUUUUUUUCUUAGCCUUAGUGACAAUUUUAUAAAGAGAAAGUUUCUAGUCUAGCGUUAGACGUGGCCGUGGUCGUUGUUGCUUGCAUUGUUUUUCUUCUUUUCUUUUCAUUUUCUUAAUAACGCUUAAAAAUGUUCCAUUACCGGUAUUUUGUGUGAAAUUAUUUUCAAAGAAAAAAGACGAAGGAACAGAAGAAAACGCCUGCAACGGAAGUUAUUUAACACUCGUUGUAAAUGAUGUUGCUAUUGUUGUAGGUAGUUAGCUACAUAUCCAAACAGUAUAAAAAUAAAAGGAAUUAAGGAGAUCUUAAGUAUUUUUUUUAUUUUUGUUAAUUGGAUGCAAAUAAAUUGAAUUACAACAACAAUAGCAACAAUAACGACCGUAAUAAGGCAACGAUUGCUAGCAUUGCAAAAUGCACUUGCACUUCGAACGUAAUGUUAAUACAAAGUGUGACUGCACGAUAUUAUCGUUAUCAUGGAUGGGGAAGGUGCCCGACGAUAUACCGGAGGAUGACGGCUGGAAGCUGAAUCGUACGAACUAUUACCAAGAGGGUUGGCUCGCCACCGGCAAUGUACGCGGAAUAGUUGGUGUAACGUUUACAACAUCGCAUUGUCGCAAAAGUGUCGAAUAUCCUUUACGCACAAAUUAUAAUUUAAGAGGACAUAGAUCCGAUGUUAUCCUUGUUAAAUGGAAUGAACCAUAUCAGAAAUUGGCUUCCUGUGAUAGUUCAGGUAUUAUAUUUGUUUGGAUUAAGUACGAGGGUCGUUGGUCAAUUGAAUUGAUUAACGAUCGUAAUACGCCGGUAACGCAUUUCUCUUGGUCGCAUGAUGGACGUAUGGCUCUAAUAUGUUACCAAGAUGGUUUCGUUCUUGUCGGCUCUGUGGCUGGGCAACGUUAUUGGUCAUCUAUGCUGAAUUUGGAAUCAACUAUAACAUGUGGCAUAUGGACGCCAGAUGAUCAACAGGUUUAUUUUGGCACUACUCAGGGCCAGGUUAUUGUUAUGGAUGUACACGGUGCUAUGGUGUCUCAAGUACAAUUGUGUAACGAUGUCGGAAUAACAUCAAUGUCGUGGUCUUGUGAGAAAUUCAAAAUGGAGGAAGGUGAAGAAUCCGAGCCUGGUGUUACAAAUGCUGCUAAGCGUUCUUUCGUUUUGGCGGUUAGCUUUCAAAACGGGUUCAUAUAUUUACUGAAAUCAUUUGAUGAUCUUUCGCCGGCGCAUAUCAGCACAGGUCUUAAUGGAUUAUUGGGCAUGGUUAUGGAAUGGAGCAAUUCACGUGAACUACUUGCUGUGGCUGGAACAUCUCAGAAAACAGCCGAAUUUAGUGAUGCCAAUGUUAACGGCGGUCAACCGGUUUAUGACAAUCUAUUAAAAUUUUACACAGAGUCAGGGGUACUGCUUUAUCAGGCUUGCAUACCGAACUCAACGGCCCCAGUGUCCGCUCUAACUUGGGGUCACAAUGAUAAACGUUUGUUUAUCGCUACUGGCACCCAAGUACACAUUGCUUGGGUUUCAAGGCGUGUAGCUUCAUUGCAACUAUUAUGUCGCCUGCAGAUUCAGGCUAGUAUUGGAUCUGAAACAUUUUUGCCACUGCUGCCUUUACCAACUAGAAUAAAAACAUUGAUCGGUAAUCUUUUUGCUCAAACUAUUAGAUGUUGUGUACCUGAUAUAAAAUCCCUAAGAGAGUUCGUCUCGCGACCGCCUAUGUGUUCCACACGCCUGCAUUGUACCAUGAUACGUCACGAUGAAGAUUCGAAUAUCAGUUCGGGUACUUGUUACACGCUUUAUUUGGAAUAUUUAGGAGGUCUAGUGCCGUUGCUGAAAGGUAAACGUACAUCAAAAAUACGUCCAGAGUUCGUCAUAUUCGAUCCGCAAGUGAAUGACUCUAACGUAUUUUUCCAACAGUCACCUGGUUCGAAAAGUUCUUCUACAUCCAGCCAAUCCGCUAGCAGCACCACUGGUAACGGACGCACCGAUUCUUCGGAUAGCGAGUAUGAUGAACGCGGUCGCAGCUCUCCGCAAGCACUUCGUAAGCGUAAGGCUCGUCAGAAAAAACGUAGCGGUGCAAACAGUGAAAGGAAUACUUUAACACCGGGCAGUAACGAUUCAGAUGUUUUGGAUGAACUCGCUUAUGUGGAUACCUUACCGGAGGAGGUAAAACUGGUUGAGGUCACUUCAAAUAUUUGGGGAACAAAGUUUAAAAUUCAUGGACUUGCUAAAACCGUCCCGGCCAAUUUAGGCCAAGUUACGUAUAAAACGUCCUUGCUGCAUUUGCAGCCCCGACAAAUGACUCUGGUUAUUACAGAGCUAAGAGAUGAUUUUCCACCGGGUCCAGAUCCGAAUUUUAAUCCUAAUCUUUUUUCGGAGGACGAGGAAGAUUUAAUGCUGCAUGCCGCAGCAAAAAGGGCUCUUAAUCAGCCAUCAAAUGCUCAUGUCCUGGAGUCACCUAAUCAGAUUAGCGAUUUGGUUAGUAGUAACGUAUCAAUGAAUCAGGUUCAAGCGACAACAAAACGACUGGCCGAGGGCUUACCACCAAUCGUACCGAUGUCACCACGUCCAAAUCGCUUAUUGACACGUCAUAGAAAUAGUAGCAAUGGAAAUCUGUUGGCUGGACGGAGUCCUUUAGCCCGCGCUGAAUCCUACGACGAUGAUUCGGCCAGUGAAUCUGCGGAGCAUAGUAGCGCGAUUUCGACUGUCUUGCAGGGUAGUGGUCAAAAUUGUCCGACUAAGAUGACACGUCCCAAAAAUAUCGCCUCUAAUUAUACUCGCUCGAAUGGUGGUUCCUGCGGCCCAGCUCGACAUGCCAUAUCACCUCUUUUUAAUGACAGUUCCGUCCCAACAUUGCAAUCACCCAAAAAUGCUGUAGCUCCGACCGAUAUUAUUUUUGAACGCCCAGCUGUGACAGCCGCGGGGCAAACCACCCUUAUGUCAUAUUCUAGUAACUCAGACUACGCCAAUAAUAUGGUCCAAGUGAAAAAUGCCCUUAUGUCGGAAAGUGUACGCUCCACAAACAGUCAUGUGAAUCCAGUGCCUCUUAACUUAAAUCUGAAUUUGGAAAGAAUGGACGCUUCUAAAAUGAAAAUAGCACUGCCAUCCACUUCAAAAAAGCGAGAUAUCUUAUACAUAGAUGAAGAGACGCAAUCGCCCGGUCAAGUUCAAGGAACAGCGGCGAUUGUUACUCCGAUUCAACAAAUAGAAGUGGAGCUAGCUAUGAAGAGGACGCCUACGAUAGUUUCUAUAGCACCGGUGACAGCUGACGCCAUAACGCGCAGUUGUAGUGUUGGCUAUUUAGAUACAGUAGCUAUAACGCCUUCAGAUGAAGCUUUGACGGCUUUAAGGAGAGAAGCGCCGAAUAAACGUUUAAUAUUGGUGGAUAACAGAAGAACUCGGAAAAAAAGGCCGGCGCAAGAGAAUAAUCGCAAACCGAGAUUACAACAGACCGGGAAGUCGAAAAGUUUUGAUUCAUGUGAAAUACUUUUAGCGCAAUUAAGACCCAUAACUAGUAAUAAGGCAGCCGAAAAAUUAAGCGACAUAAACGAAAGUGUUAGUGGAAUUGUGAUGCCAGACAAUCCAUGUUUUCUAUGUACUAGUUCUGGGUUGAAAACAAAUUGUAAGCAUUGUGCUCUUUCCCCGUCGCCCGCAGAUAGUGUGAAAGGGGCAGAAAUUACAAGCGCGAGUUGCACCUCCAAUGAACCGUCGGCAAAUUCAAAGGGAAAAACAAAGGGAGACCUAAGAAAAACAUCGAAUGGCACAGAAAAUUCGCCAAAGAAACGGAUUGAUGUAAUAACUAGUUUCACAGACAGCCCAUUAUUCUCGCGGAAGCAUCGAUUUGGACGACACCAUCCAGACCAGUCGUCGUCAUUAUCGUGUCGGAAAAAUGAAAAUAGUUUUAGCUUAGUGAAGCAAUUAACUGAGGGACGCUGGCGUCGCAGAGAUCCGAAAUCAGCGAAUAGCGGAACCGACUUGAAAUCCUUGCAAAACGGCAGUAGUAGUCUUGAAGUUACCUCAGAAAAUUCGGAAAACAAAAGCGACAAUCCGAUCGAAGUCACGCCGGUCGAGACACGAGCUUCGGUAUCGUUACACACACAGGCUCUUACUACAUUGGAAAACAUAAUUAGCCGUUUAAGAGAUUUGGAUGAGGGACGUCUUACACCACCGGCGUCUCCUCAGCGACUGCCCAGAAGCUCCCCAGCUUCACCAGCUAGCAGCAAGAAAACCAAACGUUAUCAGAGCAGUUCACCUAUUCGCAAUAUUUUAAACUCUCCGUUAUUAAAUAGAAGACAACGUAAAAAACAAAAUAUUAUAGAGAGCUCGGAUGACGAGAGCUAUCUUACUAAUGGUUCUGGCGAAGAGGGCCAACUUAAUAGCAGUGGUAAUAAACAAUAUCGCGAUUUGGAAACAUUUCAAAAGGCACAAUUAAGACAGAAGUUGAAGAGAGGACGUAUUGAACCAAAUGGCACUUCACAUUGCAACAAUUCGUCACCGGUGAGACGAGAAUUUGUUAUGCAUAAUAAGGCACCAAUGUGGAAUGAAAUGAGUCAGGUGUAUCAGUUAGAUUUCGGAGGACGUGUUACGCAAGAAUCAGCAAAAAAUUUUCAAAUUGAAUUUCGCGGUAAACAGGUUAUGCAAUUCGGCCGUAUAGAUGGUAAUGCUUACACUUUGGACUUUCAGUAUCCGUUUUCGGCGUUACAAGCCUUUGCCGUAGCUCUUGCCAAUGUAACGCAACGUUUAAAGUAA